AGGACAAGUAGUAGGAUGACCUCACAUUUCAUGGCUCUAUGCACUCUGUCCUAACCCCAACCCAUAUUUCUAGUUCUCAACUCCUCCACAUCCACUCCUCUCCCACACAAGUACACACACCCCAUUCCGCCCUCACCUCGCUGCUCGUCAAACUCAACUGGUCGCGUACGCCGCGCACACGCGCCAACGUCGAACAACAACAUGCAAGAAGCCAGAGGGGCGGCACCGCGGCUGAUGGCGGCGGCCAGCACCGACGACGUCGGCGACGUGCGGAGGACAGUGGAGGAGAAGCCCGUGGUGGUGGUGGGGCUGCGGGGCUGCUGCAUGGUGCACGUGGCCCGGCGCCUGCUCCUGGGGCAGGGCGCCAACCCGGCGGUGCUCGAGGUCGCCGACGACGCCGACCCGGCCGCGCUCGUCGUCGCGCUCCCGUCGUCCAGCGUCAACAGCGCUAAGGGCGUCGUUGAUGCGUACGGCGCGGCGCCGGUUGCUACGAUGGCGGCGACGGCGCGCCACGCGGCGUUCCCGGCGGUGUUCAUCGGGGGCAAGCUGGUGGGCGGGCUCGACCACCUCAUGGCGAUGCACAUCGCCGGCGAGCUCGUGCCGGUCCUGAAGCAGGCCGGAGCUUUGUGGCUCUGAUCCCGUGAUCCGUCCGCAUCAUCUGGUGUUAAUUAAUCAGUUAAUUCCGCCCUAGUUACUAUAGUAAGUUGUGUAAGUUUCGAAUAUGUGCGUGCGGCACAUUUGACAACUCUAGAUUUGUUUUCCUGUUUAUUCUCGAUGUGUCGGCAAUGCCAUCUGAAUUCUAAAAGUAUAGUAGCCUUCCUGAAAAA